CCGGCCCGGCCCCCGCGGCCCCGGGACGCUCAGAGCCGCCGCAGCACCGCUCCGCUCCGCCAUGCCACGGUGUCUCGGCGUGCCCAGCCGCUGUUGAGGUCCCCCGGGACUCCCCUCGUCGGGCGGAAUCGUGGCUCUGCCGCCGGCACGGACGGACAUGAGGACGGCGGAGGACUCGAACGGCACGGUGCUGCACCGGCUGAUCCAGGAGCAGCUGCGCUAUGGGAAUCUCACGGAGAACCGCACUCUGCUGGCCAUCCAGCAGCAAGCCCUGCGCGGCGGCGGCGGCGGCAGCCCCCGCUCCUCCCUGGAGAGCCUGAGCCCCGAGGAGAGCCAGAUGGUGCAGCAAUCCACGCGGCAGGAGCCGCAGGGCCAGGAGCAUCACUCCGACCACGUCUACCUGGAGAACAGCGUCUACCGGCUGUGCCCGCCCAAGGGCGAGGAGCUGCCCACCUACGAGGAGGCCAAGGCGCAUUCCCAGCUGCUGGCAUCGCAGCGCGGAGCGGGGACGCGGGCCGAGAGCGGCGCCCGGCGCCCCGACGAGGGGCUCAAGGAGCUGAAGCACGGCCACGUGCGGUCGCUGAGCGAGCGGCUCAUGCGGAUGUCGCUGGAGAGGAACGGGGCCAAGGCGCAGAGCCCCAUCAGCGCGUCGCACAGCUUCCCGCAGCUCUCCCGGCAGCUCGUCCCCCUGCGCGGGCAGCAGCCCGAGGGCACGGAGCCGCGGGGACCGCCCCCGGAGUAUCCCUAUGUCAUCCCGGCCCAGGACGCUUACCUGGCUGAGCCCCGAGCCUGCUCCCGGGAAGGUCCUGCAUUUCAGCACGCUGACAUCAGGGUGCUGCCCACCUCGGUGCCGGCCGCGUUCCUGCCGCUGUGCCCGGGCGCGCUGGCUCCGGCGGGCGUGGAGGCGCUGGUCAGCGCGCAGGCCGUGUCGGCCGGCAGCCGCCUGGCCCGGGCCGACGCCGUCCUGCGGGACAACGAGAGGCUGCAGCGGGACAACGAGAGGCUGCGGCGGGAGCUGGAGAGCUGCGCCGAGAAGGCGAGCCGCAUCCAGAAGCUGGAGAGCGAGAUCCAGCGCAUCUCGGAGGAUUACGAAAACCUCGUCAAGGCGUCCUCCAAGCGGGAAGCCUUGGAGAAAGCCAUGAGGAACAAGAGGGAUUGUGAGAUGCGACGGCUGCAGGAUUUCAACCGAGACCUGAAAGAGCGGUUGGAAUCGGCGAACAAGCAGCUGGCCAGCAAGAACCAGGAAAACCAGGAGAGCAGCCAGGGCAGCGUGGCCAAACUCCUGGCACAGAGCUAUGAGCACCAGCAGGAGAAGGAGAAGCUGGAGCGGGAGGUGUCCCUGCUGCGCAGCGCCAACGAGGACCAGCGGCGGCGGGCAGAGCUGCUGGAGCAGGCGCUGGGCAGCGCCCAGGCGCGGGCGGCCAAGGCAGAGGCCGAGCUGCGGAAGAAGCGAGCCUACGUGGAGAAGGUGGAGCGGCUGCAGGCAGCCCUGGGGCAGCUCCAGGCCGCCUGCGAGAAGCGGGAGCAGCUGGAGCUGCGGCUCCGCACCCGCCUGGAGCAGGAGCUGAAGAUGCUGCGGGCUCAGCAGAGGCAGGCGGGCACGGCCAGCGGGGGGACGCCGGAGCUGAGCGCCCACACGCUGUCGGAGCAGCUGAGGGAGAGGGAGGAGAAGAUCCUGGCGCUGGAGGCCGACAUGACCAAGUGGGAGCAGAAGUACCUGGAGGAGUGCACCAUGCGCCAGUUCGCCAUGGACGCCGCGGCCACGGCGGCCGCCCAGCGUGACACCACCCUCAUCAGCCACUCGCCACGGCACUCCCCCAACAGCAGCUUCAAUGAGGACCUGCUCCUGGCCAGCCACAAGCACCAGGAGAUGGAGAACAGGUUGAAAGCCCUUCAUGCCCAGAUCCUGGAGAAGGAUGCUGUCAUCAAGGUCCUGCAGCAGCGCUCGCGGAGGGACCCCAGCAAAGCCCUUCAGGGCUCCCUGCGGCCGGCCAAAUCUGUGCCCUCCAUCUUCGCUGCCUCCGCCGCCCCGAGCUGGCCAGGGGCUGGCCAGAGUGACCGGUCAUCCGAGGGCAGCUCCCGUGGCAGCACAGAGUCUCCUCCAGCAGGCAAAGCCACCGCUGAAGGGACAGCAGUGUCCACUGCCCUUCCCUUGCCAUCGCACUCCAAGCACGGCAGCAAGGACGGCAGCACGCAGACAGACGGAGCGGCCGGGAGCAGCGAGCAGGGCGAGGGCACCGCAGUGCUGGAGAGCUCGGCUGCUGCCAGGGCCCUGGACCUGUCUGACAUGGUGGAGAUCCUGAUUUAAGGCCACCCAGGGCUGCACGGUGGCCUCUCCAGCCCUCCUGCCAGCAUGCUGGGAUGGAGAAGCGUCUGGGAAGGAGGGGCCGAGCCGGGAGCUCAGCGGUGUCCCCUCGGUCUCGGCAGUGACUCCAGGAUGUGGCAGGGUCCCUCCUGCCAGCAUGCUGGGAUGGAGGAGCAUCUGGGAAGGAGAGGCCAAGCCACGAGCUCAGCGGUGUCCCCUCGGUCUCGGCAGCAACUCCAGGAUGUGGCAGGGUCACUGUCCCCUCAGUGCCCACACGGGUCCCUGGCUGCGCAGGGCGUGCUGGAGCCCGGGGACCCCGCGGUGCCUCCAUCCCCAUCCUGGCUCCAUCCCAACUUCAUCCCCAUCCCAGCUCCCACUUCUGGGUCUCGGCCAUCUGCACCCAGCCAGGUGCUUGGCUUCCAGCUGCAGAAUCCCUCUCUGAUGGCCCGAACUGUACCCACAAGCUGAACUCUCUGCACGGGGGCAGCGCUGGGAGGGAUCCUCUGCGCGUCCCAUCGACCACCCGGAUCCACGUGGCCAAGCCAAGCACUGGGAGCAGCAAACUCCCAUCACCUGCCUCCUGCCUGUCACAGGCUUUGUGAUGGGGUGACAGUGAAACAAAAAUGACAAUGGAGGGGAUGAAGGGUGGAGGAAAAGUGGAGGUGAAAGGCUCUGAGGAUGGAGGCAGUGGGAUGUGCCACUCUUCUCCUGGCUCUGUCCCCUGGCUACUGGCAGCUGGCUUCUGCUUGUAGCCAGUGCCAACAUCCCGCUCCUUGGAGCUUCCCAUCCUUGCCCUUCAUGUAAAUAUAUAUAUUUUUCUUUAUUUCUUUCCCCUUUCAACAUGUGCAUUUGCUGGCCAACUGCAUUUUUUAUUUUUCUCUCCCCAGACACGUAAAAAAUGCGUUCGGUUCUCGUGCAUUGUUUACAAAAUGGAAAAGAAACAAAAAAUUAUGAAAGAGGAAAAAAAACCCCAAACCCCAUGACUUAAUAUAUUUUAUAUUAAUAUUGGUAUUUCUUUUUAAGUAUUUUUUUUCGUGCUGUGAACUUUUUUUCCUGCCAAAGACGACAAGUUCUCGUUUGUGCGUUUUAAGUUAUCUUUAAGUAUUUAAACAUAAACCUGGCUGUUUCGUUAUGCCACCCUAUACCGAGAUUGCUGUAGCAUUCCACUUGGUAUAACAAUAUUUUAAUAAAAAAACCCAAAUAUUGA